AUGGAGGACUGCCUCCCUCGCCUGCCCCAGAGGUUGCUUCCGCUGGGGGCAUGUGCCCUGACAGUGUCUGCCCUGGAGACAGCUGACCUGGUGGACCUCUGCGGGCAGACGUGGCAGGGGGAGAGGUUGCUGUUAAUGUUACACUCGGUUUCACAUGUGACCCGGGACACUGAUUGCGGGCUUUGGAUGUGGGCAGAAGUCCCUGGUGACAGGAUCAGCUUACAGUUUCUCUUCUUUCUGGUCUACAGCCUGACUUCUGUGUCUCCAGUGCCCCCAAACAUCUCCUCCCUGGAGUGGGACCCUUGUGCCCCAGCCUACCUGCAGUUCUACGAGGGCCCACCAGGGAUGCCCCAGCCCCUGGGGCCUUCUCUCUGUGGCCUGACCAUCCCAGCUCCAAUGGUAUCCUCUGGACCCUCCCUGGGCUUGCGCCUAGUCACUAGAGGCCACCAGCCUCGUGUGGAUUUUGUGGGUGAAAUCACCUCUUUCCAUUUGGGUGGGUUGGGGGCAAGAUGGGACAACUGA